AUGUUCUUCACGGACGAGCUCCUGAUGGGCAAGCGAGGCUCACUAGGUAUCAUCUGGCUCGUUUCCACUCUCGGACUCCGCAACAAGCGCGUCAAUCGCAAGGCCCUGGAGAAGGUUGAGAUUCCGCGCACCUGCGACCUCAUCGCCUCCCCACCUGAACCCCUCGCUCUCCGCCUGAGUGGUCAGCUCCUCGUCGGCGUCGCGCGGGUGUACUCCCAAAACUACGAGCACUUCUACUCAGACGUGCAGACAUUUGAUUCGGCGCUGCGCCGCUCCUUUGCCCUCGGCUUUGGGCCGAUGGGCAACCUUGCGGCGGGUGCCGAGCUCGAUCUCCCGGGUGGCGGACGCACGCGGCUGGAGCUGAUCACCUUCACCGACAAUGCGCCCGGUCUCGAGGGGUACUUGGGGAUCGACUCUGAGUUUGCCAACAUCGACUGGAUGAAUCCCGACAUUACGGACAUGGACCACGAGCGCCGCCACACUACGCCCUUAGAGUCUCUCAGAACCCAGUCCCUGCGCUCCGAAGAGGACGUCGACAUGGAAGAUCCCCGAAGCAACAGGCAUCGUAACCCUCUGCACACCACCCCCAACACCACCAACGAAAAGGCUCUGACCUUCAAGCCUUACAAACGAGAGGCAGACGACGUUCCAGACGAGUUCAACCCCAUCAACCUCGACCUAGACCUCGACCUUCCGGAAGUUCCUAGUCGCCUAGACGGUCCCGGUGGCCCUGAGGAUCCCAACAAACCUUCGUUAGACGGCAUGAUGUCAGACUUCAUCCCCUCAGAUGACACAGUAGACCCUGGGAACUUUGACAUCCCACAGGACCUCGGUCCCGAGAAGUUCAUCCUCCCGGACCAGCUUCACAGCUCGCCCACUCGUCUCAAGCGCAAGGGAAGCAGUAGCCAGGAAGCUUCUGACGUCGAGUCCCAGCUCCUACCAGCGCCGAAGCCCAAGAAGAAGAGGGUCAAGCGGACCAAGUUUGAUCAUGAUCUGGAGCUUGACCUCGAUCCCGCAGAGAUGGGGGCGGCGUACGUCGACGCCAUGGUCCAGCGGCGUCGGGAGCUCAACGCCAAAUCACGAGAGAAGGAGGCUGCCAAGAUGGCAGGGCGCUUACUGGGCGGGUCGGAUAGCUGGUUCAAGUUUAUGGACCCCGAGAUGAGCUCAUUCAUCAGCGGCUUUAGCGCGAUCAAUACGUUCAAGUGGCAGCUGGACGUCAAGAGUGGCAGUAACGUGACACUCAAGAACCCAGCCGACCCAGUGGAGCCCCUUGACCUUGUCGGCAAUUCCGGUCCUCAACUCCGGAGCGGCGCCCCCUUCAUUGACCCCCAGCUCAUCAUUGACGUACGUGGUGAUGGUAACCUGCUCAAACAGACACACAUGGACUACCAGGGAGUUCUGGACAUCCCCGAUGUCCCGCGCAACGAUCAAUACGAGCUCGAGCUGCCCCGGUCAGCGAGUGACCUGCCUUGGGCAGCGCAGUCCGCCUCGUCAGACUUCCCGAACUCGCUCCAGUCGGGCCAGACCACUCCAACGGGUAUCAAGGCUCCGCGUGUCAGCGACAUGUCCCCCCUGGAGGCCUCCAUCCGAAAGCGCCAGCGCCAUUCGUCCAUCGCGGGCGAUGGCCCUGGUUAUGACUUCCCCACCCGUUCCCGUUCGGGUUCGGUCCUCAGCGUGAACUUUACAGGACACGACCAUGUCCAGCUGGUGCUGGACGGUGAUGCCGACCAGAUCUCCGAGGACAACUUCAACGCGCGCUUCCCAUGCGGGCACCUGUUUGCACCGACGACGCUGGCAACCCUCGAGGACCAGUGCCGCGGUUUCUUCAGCUACGUGGACAGGACCAUGUCCAAGACGGGCGCGGACGAGCUCGAGCUUACCGACGUUGCACCCCGUGGCCAGUCCAAGCGGGUCGCCGCUGCUGCCUUUCGCAACUGCCUCACUCUGGCAACCAAGGGCCUGCUCCACCUCUCGCAGGACGCGGCUUACGGGCCUAUCACCAUCCGCAUCCCGGCGGCGUAG